AUGGAUAAAGAAGUGUGUAGAAUACUCAUUUCUAUAAGUAACUCGUUUCCCAAUAGUUUGGACAAGAGUGGAAACUAUCAUUUUACUAUGAAUGAAGACAUUUUAAAUGGAUAUUGUACUAAUAAAAAAUGUAGUAAUAAUUUCGAAAAAAUUAAUGCUGGAUGUUUAUAUUUGCUUGAUGCAUUCUUUGAGAAUCCUUCUGUGUUUAAUUCUGUUGCAAAAAGUAACGUCAAUAUUGUUGAAUACAUUAUGAUAUGGCUAAGUAAAAUGUUAAGCCGAAUCGAAAAUACAGAAAACGAGAGUCUAGGAUUUUUUUAUAAUACAUAUAUAAAGGGUGAUAAUAAUUAUAAAAAGUCUAUAUCGAAUGUUAUGGGGUGUAAUAAUUAUAAGGAACUUAUAGAUAAAACAAAUAUGAUGAAUAUGAAAAUUAAAGAUAUAUCUAAAUUAUAUGAUGCAUUUAAUACAUUAUGUAUGAUGCAUUAUGAAUUUAAUGAAAAGAGCCCAAAUUGCGAUAAAUAUUUGAAAGAUGCCAAUAAAUUUGUUGAAAAAUAUAAAAAACUUAAGGCAGAUUCUAGUAUUACUGAAAAGAGUUCAUAUAAUCAACUAUUGUCUACUUUACUAACUGAUUAUAAUAAUUUUGAAAAUAAAUGUAUUAGCAAUGGUGUUAAUUGUACAAAUUUUCCAUCUCUUCAAACGAUAGAAAAAAAACAUCAUGUACAAAGUUUUGAACAAAUUUCUGAAGAUACAUCAUCAAGUUCAUCGGUAACAAACAAAUUAUUUACAGUUUUAUCGAUAUUUGGUGUAAUAGCAUUUAUUUUAGGAAUUUCUUACAAGUAUUCGUUAUUUGGAUUUCGGAAACGAUUUCAAAAACAAAAAUUAAGAGAAAAGCUAAAAAAUAUAAAGAAGAGAAUGAAUCAAUAA